GCGCGGGCGCCGCGCGGCGCCCGAGGCGAAAAAGUAGCUGUCAAAUGCGCGGCGCCUUUAACCGGCGCGAUCAGUGCGGCUCGGCGAGUCAUGGCGACCGCAGCCUCCAACCACUACAGCCUGCUCGCCUCCGGCUCCCCCAUGGUGCACGCCGAGCCGCCCGGCGGCAUGCAGCCCGGCGGCGGCUACCGCGACGCCGGCGCCCUGGUGCAGGCGGACUACGCGCUGCAGAGCAACGGGCACCCGCUGAGCCACGCUCACCAGUGGAUCGCGGCGCUGUCCCACGGUGGCCCCGGCGGUGGCGGCGGCGGCGGCGGCGGCGGGGGCGGCGGCGGCGGCGGCGGCGGCGAGGCGCCCUGGUCGGCGGGCGCGCUGGGCCAGCCCGACAUCAAGCCGGCGGUGGUGCAGGCGGGCGGGCGCGGCGACGAGCUGCCGCCGCCGCCGCAGCACCCGCCGCCGGGGCGGGCGCCGCACCUGGUGCACCACGGCGGCGGCGGCGGAGGGCACCACGCGGCGGCGGCGGCGGCGGCGGCGGCGGCGGCGUGGCGGGCGGGCGGCGCGGCGCACCUGCCGCCCGGCAUGGCCGCGGCCAACGGCGCGCAGGCGGGGCUGCUCUACUCGCAGCCGCCCGGCUUUACCGUCAACGGGAUGCUCGGCGCCGGGCAGCCGGGGCUGCACCACCACGGCCUGCGCGACGCCCACGAGGAGCCGCCGCCGGGGCCGCCGCACCACGGCCCCGAGCACCCGCCGCCGCCCCACGGCCCGCACCCCGGGGCGGCCGGGCCGGCGCCGUCCGCCGCCGCCGCCGCGCCCCCCGGGCCACCGCCGCACCACGACCCGCACUCCGACGAGGACACGCCGACCUCGGACGACCUGGAGCAGUUCGCCAAGCAGUUCAAGCAGCGGCGCAUCAAACUGGGAUUUACCCAAGCGGACGUGGGGCUGGCGCUGGGCACCCUCUACGGCAACGUCUUCUCGCAGACCACCAUCUGCCGCUUCGAGGCCCUGCAGCUCAGCUUCAAGAACAUGUGCAAGCUGAAGCCUUUGUUGAACAAGUGGUUGGAGGAAGCGGACUCCUCCUCGGGCAGCCCCACCAGCAUAGACAAGAUCGCGGCGCAGGGCCGCAAGCGGAAAAAGCGCACCUCCAUCGAGGUGAGCGUCAAGGGCGCGCUGGAGAGCCACUUCCUCAAGUGCCCCAAGCCCUCCGCCCAGGAGAUCACCUCGCUCGCGGACAGCCUACAGCUGGAGAAGGAGGUGGUGAGAGUGUGGUUUUGUAACAGGAGACAGAAAGAGAAGCGCAUGACUCCCCCGGGAGGGACGCUGCCGGGCGCCGAGGACGUGUACGGGGCCAGCAGGGACACGCCGCCGCACCACGGGGUGCAGACCCCCGUGCAGUGAACUCACGGCGGGGGCGCCCGGCUCCUCCUCCUCCUCUCCUCCUCCUCCUCCUCCUCCUCCUCUCCUUCCCCCAACUUUUGAUUGUCCUUCUUUUUUCUUUUUUUGUUUUUCUUUUUUUUUUUAAUUAUUUUAUUUUCUCCUAUCUUUAAAAAAGAAAAAAAAUCAAAAAAAAAACCAAACAAAAAACGCGAAAAAAAGAAAACAAAACAAAAAGCGAGCGAGGGAGAGGGCGAGCGCCAAUCACAGCGGACAGACAGACAGACAAAGCAACUGCACCACACUGUCCCCUUAGACGGUAGCAGGUGCGAUGCCGUAUUUUGACCUUUCCAGACGAGUGCCCGUGCACCGGAGUGGAGUGAGUACCGCGCACGGGCAGGCAGGCGGGCACCGGCAGGGCAGCGGCAGGUACAGGCAGGGCAGGGGCAGGCACCGGCAGGGCAGGCGCAGGGCGAAGCGGUUCGCACAAAACUCUCGCUUGCUGGCAAAAACAUGCGGCGCUGCCCUGCCGGGGAGGGGCGGAGAGGAAGGGGGGACACAGCCACCUCGGGUCCCCUCUGCAGCCCCCUUCCGCCACACAAAGGCAGACUGCAUUGUGGAAUGUCGCUCGGUGUUGGCACAUGCUGCUGUGUUUAUUUUCUGUGGAUCCCCUAUAUGAAUAUAUGAAAAAAAAAAGGAAGAGAACUGAAAAGCUAUCCCUUUUGAUGUAGACAGUAUUUAACCUUACCAAUUUGCACUGCAAGAAAAUCGAAGUUUACAUAAACAAACUCUUUAUUUUUUCUUUUUUCCCCCUUCCUUUCCGACCUUAAUUUUGCAAAUGACUUGCAUUUUCCACGGUAAGCGUUAGUCAACCAGUGACCGAUCUACGAUAUGUUAAUGUGUUUUAGCCUUUGCUUUAUGUGUAUUUGUGAACUUUUGUUAUAAACAAGUCUUCUUAAAUACGUGUAAUGCUUAUUUUCUCCUUUUACUGAAGCAAAAAGAAUUAGUGUAUGUGUAUGUAUGUAUGCAUAUGCAUGCAUGCAUAGACUUACAUAUAUACACAUAUAUAUAACCUCUAUAUAUACACAUAUAUGUGCACCUCCAGCUUCUGUUCUCCAGAGGCGUGACUCUCGUAAUUGCUUAAUAUAUGCCUUCAAUGGCAAGAGUCGAGUUUGGAGAAGGGAGAAUAAAUGCAAAUCAACAAAGUAAACUUCAUUUUCAGGCAGUGUGUCCAGGGGCCUAGGCCCAGCCAGAAGGGGAGAAAAAAAUAUGUACAAUCCUUCCAGAUUGUGUCAGUGUGGGUGAUCAAGGCCCAGUGUGGGGAAGGCGGAGAGGGAACAACAUGUUUCCAGAGUUUUCACGGGGAAAGUGGCACUUCCUUGAGAGGGAAAGGGGAUUAUUUAGUUUCCCCACCACCGCCCCCUCAGCGCCCUUUCCUUCCCCUCCUCCCCCCGCGGCUGCCGUGCGUUCGUGCCUUUGGCAUCCCCAGUCUCACAGCCCGGGCAGCCCGGCCGAUAUCACCCUUCAAACUUUCUUUCAAUGAGCAGUUUCACAUUAAGGCAGAGCCAAGGAGAGCCUGAGGAGCUGCUGGGCCCGAGGUGGGGGUCGGGUGCUUACAACUGCCUGUAAACACGCUGCCCCCUCCUCUCUGCAGAGACCGUGUGCGUUUCUUUCCCACUUUUAAUUUUCGUAUUUUAUUUUCUAUUCGUAUCCAGCCCCUCUCCCUCCCCAUCCUCCCCUUGUCCUUUGGUCAGAUUGUGGUAUAAUUUAUUGAAGGAAAGGACCAGUUUUAACUUGGGCAGCCUUGUGUCUUUCACUGGGGAAUGAAAUGAAGUGGGGAAAAAAAAUGCCAUUUUUCAAUCCGUGUUUUUUUCCACCCCUUUGUUAAUAGUUUUAAAGUGCAUUUCGUGACAUUAUCUUGAUGGGAAAUGGUUAACUUCCAAAAAAAAAAAAAAAAAAAGAGAAAAACCCACGGGGAGAAAAGGAAAAAAAAAGGAAAAAAAAGGAAAACAAAAAGCUCUGAAGGGAAGCAGAGGAGUGGGACCUUGGAGCAGCGCAUGUAUGUGCGUGUGUCUGCGUGCGUGUUUGUGUACUUAUGCACACACGCAGCUAUGCAUAUACAUUAGAGGAACUUUAAACUAUGAUAGUUAUAAAUUCAUAAAGGGAUCGUUUAGUCAGCACAAAUGGGUGCUAUAGAGACAAAGCAUUUUUAUAAUCUAAAAGUUUACUUAGUUGAGUGUUGGACAAUUAUGGAGAAAAAACAGUGAAGCAUUCUCUCGCAGAACUCUCCUAUAAAUAUUGCAUUCAGUAGCUAAGGCUUUAGAAUAUGUUUCUCAUUGUCUUUUAAAACGCCUGUGACACUGAGUUUUCUUUCCUUGUUUCUUUCUCCCUUUCUUUCUUGCUUUCUUUCUCUCUUUCUUCUUGGUAAGACAGAUGAUGAUUUCUAAGAGGCACAUGCAUUAGCCUUUUUCCUGGUUUUCCAACAAUUGUUACAAAGAUACGGGCACCAAGCUUUUCUCUUUUCUUUCUUUUUUUUUUUUUUUUUGUUUUUCUUUUUUGUUUUUUUUUUUGUUGUUGUUGUUGUUGUUGAGCUGCUUGUUAUUUAAAGUGUUGAGGACUAGCGCCUAGUGAAGUGAAUCAGAUCAGGGCAGAUCCAGUGGUAAAGGGAGGAAAUGAACUUUCAGACACUUAUUAAUACGUGCGUAAGGUCAGAAAACGGAGUCAAGAGGAUGUUUGAAAAAGCCUCAAACUCCAAAUAGGUUUACUAAAAGAAAAAGUUACCAUGCAAACCUUACCACUAUGUAUAUAUGUUUAAUAUUUGUCCUUUGAAAUGCAGAAAUAGUUUCAAUGUUUUCUUUGUCUAUUUUUCUUUUUUUUUUUAAAUGCUACCCAGGGAAAUAUUUUCAUAUCAUUUUUAAGUGGCCUGCCUCAAUGUAUAUUUAUUUCUUUUAAAGCAAACAGGUUCUGGAAACUGUUUUUCUGUAGCUUUAAAUGAGUAGGUGAACAAAAUCUAUAUGGGAUGUAAUUUUUUUUGGUUCAGUCUCUUUAAAAAUACUUUGUUUUGGUACAUUUGGAUGUGCUUGUGGGGAAAAAUAAAAACGCAGAGAUCCUUAUAUAUUUAUGUUAAAGUAAUAUUUUAUUAUCUACAUAAAACAGAAAUGCACAAUACCUUCAUAGUUUCUUCUAAUUAUUGAAAUAUCGUUAUUUUAUUUUUAAAGAUAGCACAGAUUUGCAUAGUUCUUAAGAUUUCGAAGGAGAAGACCCCAGUACUUAUACUGAGUUGAGUUCUGUGUAAAAGCACCACCAUUCCUUUAUAUUUCAUGGAAUUUUUGGAAUAAAUUUGAUGCCUAUACUGA